AGACAUAUUUACACACACGGCAAACCAAAGCGUGACCCUGACCUUGAAUAGAUUCCGUUUUAUUGAUAGUACGCGGUUUGUUUACAUGAUGACGGAGUGGAAACCCCAAUUAUAAUGGCGGGGUAUAUAUACAGAGGUGCAUACCAUAGUAUGCUGUUUCAACCAUGAGUGCAGAAGAAUGCCAAAGAAUGCCACGGACGCGCCUAUGUAUCAGGGCACCCUCGGUCUCACCGGAGAAGUAACCACUUUGUUUACAACAACAACAACGGUGACGACAUUUACAACAACAAUGUACAACAUGGGGCAGAAAUAUGACGAGGGGGUGCUACAUCUCGUGGCUGUCAUCUCCAGUGUUGUGGUAUUCGUGGGGCUAGUGCUCGCCAUCAAGUCUAUCGUCGGUUUCCUCAACCGACUCAACAGAAGAGAAGGGGACCUGCGUGAUAACACCCGACCUGGCUCUUCGUUUCUCCAGUGGUUAAGAGACGAACCCCCGCCAUAUCCCGGUAAAUAUUCCCGGACUAACGUGAAUUACCUCCCCUCGUAUCUGUCCGCGAUAGAGAUGGAACAGGAGCGACAACGGCAGGAAACGGCGACAAUGAGCCAGCCGGCGCGUGAUUUACCGGAAGUGAGCAGUCAGAGUAGCGUCAUAAUGUUUACUGCUCCAGAAGAUGGCGUCGUUUGUCUGAAAGAUUCCAGAAAUUCAGAUUCUCAAACAUUUAGUCAGAGUAGAGUGAAUGAAACCAGCACAACUGUUGAAAAUGUUAUCAACGAGGUCUUGAUAGCGAACCAAAGAGACGAGAGAGACGUACAGUUAGAGGAGAACAGGUUACGAGCACCCACCGCCAUGGAUAUUACUCCAGCAGUUGACAGCCGUGUGACUUUGGAUUGAGACAAAACAGUAGUUGUAGGAACAUUUAACACAACUGUGAUACAAUUAGAAAAGAAUCUUAUUGGUACGAUUGUUUCGGUUGCGUGCACAAAGGUAGUGAUUGUCAUGAAUGUAUGCAGGUUAUAAAAACUGACGCCGAAUGAUGGUGUGUUGAUAUUGUGACGUCACAUACGUACCUUACAUUGUUUUUGCACCUAUUUUCACACUCCAAGUGCCAUACAUUCGAUUCCGAACACUGUAUUUAUCUGCGUAUGUAUUUGUUUAUGUAUUCAUUUAUCUUAGUUUUUACAUAUGUUUUUACAUAAAUUAUCCAAAGUGAUAAAGCCAGUGGGUAAUUGUUU